AUGGCCUCAGAUCAAAUGGAAGUGUCUGCCCUUGGUAGGCCAUUCGCAUUGGGGAUGCUUUAUGAUGCUUACAGUGAUAAGCUGAUAACAGAUUUUUCUCUAUGGGACAGAGAAACUAUUCAAAAAUACAGCAUAAAAAAAACUCAAAAUGGCACUUUCUAUGAAACUACUGUCUCAGACUCCAUUGAAGACAAGGCUUAUCUGCUGAAAGCUGAUACAUCUCUCAUAGUCAGUUUUAUUAGUGGCCUGGUUGAAGUUGGUGGAUCUGCCAACUAUCUGCUUGAUGAUAAGGAGUUCAAGAACCAGAGCAGAGUUAUACAUCAGUACAGAGCCACAACUGCUUAUGAACGACUGGAACUAAAUCAUCAGGAUGCCAAGAAACUGCAAAUAAGAGAGGUUAUCCAGAACAGCCAUGCAACACAUGUUGUCACAGGCAUCCUAUAUGGGGCCAAUGCUUUCUUUGUGUUUGACAGCGAGAAGUUAGACAGCAGCACUGUGCACAGCAUGGAGACAAGCAUGCGCAGUUCAAUAAAGAAUAUCCCAAAACUGAAUCCUGAACUAAAACUGGACAAACAUUUAAGAGAAUCAGAAAAAAUUGAAAAUUUCACCUGCAAAUUUUUUGGAGAUUUCAUUCUGGAGAAGAAUCCUACAACCUUUGAGGAGGCGGUAGGUACCUACAGCAAGCUCCCAGAGCUUCUUGGAAACAAUGGAGAGAAAUCAGUUCCUGUUAAAGCUUGGCUGACUCCCCUGAAGAAUCUGGAUCCCGCUGCAGCUGAGCUAAAGGGAAACCUUUCUGAUGGUUUGAUCAGAAAAGUCGAUAAUGUUCUGAAAAGUAUCAGAGAAAUUCAGCUGAGAUGCAAUGAGACACUGGAAAAAGGUCUGGUGAAGACUUUUCCACAGAUGCACAAAAAGCUGAAAUGUUUCCAACAUCUCACUGAAGACUACAAGAAAAAAGUCCAACAGACCAUGCAGGAGAAAAUUCCCCUCAUUCGGGAGGGUGAGGAAGAGGAAGAAUCCCUACAAAGCUUCCUUGAUGAGCAGGAGAAGUCUCCAUUCAGCCAGAAGAACUUAGACAAGUGGCUCGAUUUUUUAGACAGAGAGAUCAAUGUCAUUGCAUCCUGUUUAGACAUUAUGAAGGGAAUUAAGAUGAUCCCAGAGAAGUCUGACUUGGAUAGAAAUGUUCUUGGUGUAGAAGAUGCCCUUUGCUUUGUCUUCACCUCCAUUGAAACUCAUGAUUCCUACAUGGACCAGAUGGUCAAUUACUUAAAAGAAACUCCAUCCAGUGUGACUCCACCAUCCAAGUACCAGUGGUUCUUCUCAGAUGAGGUCUUGGAAAACAUGAAACAGAAAGCCAACAUGAUCUCAGAAACUGCUAAAAACUUGAAAAGCAACAGCAGAUAUUGCUUCCUCGUAGCAGCGCUGCCAAACAAGGAGUUCAAGGGAGCGACCAUCUACCAUUACAGGGAAGGUGUCAAGCAAACCGAAGACUUCUCAAAGCCUGUUAUUCAUAGAGUGAAAAAUGUCAUGGAGAAAAAAGACUUAAUGUGGUACUACUGUGAUCUCACAUUGGACCCAGAAACUGUGAAUGGGAGCCUCAUUUUGUCUGAAGAAGACAAGAAAGCAACAUGUGGAACCUGGCAGAAAUAUCCUAAAACAGAGAAAAGGUUUAAUCAAUACCCCCAGGUUCUCUGCAGAGAGGGUCUUAAGGGCUGUCAUUACUUUGAAGUUAAGUGGAGCAGUGAAACUACUAAAGGUAUUGGCGUUGGUCUUGCAUAUGAAGGAAUUCCAAGAAAAGGAAAUGGCCGGCACACUGGGUUUGGAUAUAAUGAUGUUUCCUGGUAUUUCGGUGUUUACAGCAAUAGUUAUUGUGUAUGGCACAAUAGUAAAAAGAUGUGGUCCUCUACUCGUCCUUCUGGAUGCAACAGAAUUGGGGUGUAUCUAGAUUGGCCACGCGGCACGCUGUCCUUCUACCAAGUGUCUUCUAACUCUUUAACCCAUCUGCACACCUUUGAGAACCCAUUCUCUGUACCACUUUACCCAGGUUUCUAUAUCUGGGACAAAUCUACAUAUGCAACUUUCUGUCCGGCUUAG